AUGCCUACUAGUAUAUCAACAAGGGAUUCUACAAAAAAAUCGAGUUUUUUUUCAAUAAAUACUUUCAAAAUUAGAAAAUUAAGAAUAGUAAAAAAUAGAUUAGUCUUUUUAAUAUCCCAUAUUAAACUUUUUAAUUUAAGAAGGCUGUGUUUGUGGGUAAGAAAAUGGUUUAGGAAGAAUAAAGUCUUUUCAUUUUUAAGAAAUUGUUUCUCUAAAAUAACCAAAUUAAGAUUGUUUGAGUUUAUUUUAAAUAAUGAUAUGUCUGAAUUACUAGUUGAUAGUUCAUUACCUGGUGCCAAUGAAUGUGUACCGACUUCUACUGAAUUAGUAUUAAAGGAACCCAGUGAAACCGACUCAAAUUCACCCUCCGAAUUAAAUAAUAAAUUUCUUUUUAAUUAUACUAAAAUUAUAAAGGAUUUAGGAGGCGAUAAAGACACUGAUGGUACUAUAACUAACAGCAAUGAGGAUUCCACUUCAGACGAUCUUAUAACAGGAUGUAAAAAAAGCUCAAAAACAGUAUCAUUCUCAAGCAAAAAAACUCCCAAGUUUUUAGGGGCAUACAAUUUUAAUAAAUUAAGAAGUUUUACUUCUGAAUUUAGAAACGACUUGAAUGAUAUAGAAGAAUAUAAGGACGCAGAGCUUGAGUUUGAGGAAUAUUGUGAGGAAGUAAAGGAUUUUGUGGUUUUGGACAGACUAAAUGAGGGCAAAAAUCUAGGUUCGCUUUUGACUCGUCUUAACGUUAAUGGACCGGACCACUAUUUGAAAAGGUUCGAAGGAUUAAAGGUUGAUAAUUUGAACUUAGUUUUAAAUCAAUUAAACCAACUUAAAAUACACUCGAAUGCACUAUAUAAUUUUACUACUUGCGGAUUUCAGGUCAGCCAGGACCACUUAAAAAAACUAGUAUCUCUCGCACACAACCACUACAUCGAACUACUAUCAAGUUAUGCUUUGGAGGAAUCUGGUGAUCAAGAAAAUAAUAUCAAGUAUCAUAACGAAGUGAUACAAAAUGACACUGAUCCUAGCGGGUCCAAAAACUCAAGAGCAGAUAUUUUUAAGUUGAGUGAAAUACUUGCCACUCUUCUGUUAACGUCUUCUGAGUCGGGUCUGUUUAAAGAUGACCCUAACCGAGUUUGUAGAAUUUUGGAGUCUACAUUGUUCGGCAAGAUGUUCGAGCCUUUUGCUAAGUUUUCUAGCGGGAGAUUAAUUAAUUCAGUACUAUUCGUAUAUUCAAUUUCUCAACUUUUCGAAAAAGACUAUGAUGUUCAAAUGGAAGGAAUAUUCGACAGAGUCAUUCAGACGAUUUCAAUCAAGGAAAUUGAUAUAAAUUUAUCAGAUUUAUUCUAUCUCAAAUUAUCUGUCAAAUUUAUACUAAACCGGAAUCCUGGACUAGGCAAAAAAAUUUCCAAAGAAUCUUCAAGUUUUCUAUCCAAUGUAGUAUUUCAAAAUUACAUUAAAGAAAAGGAAUUACACGGGCUUGAAGAUGUUGUGCCUCUAAAGAUUAAGGAAAUCGAUUCUAACAUUGAAGGUGGUGUGUUUAGUAUAGGGCCCUUUGACUUUACACACGUGUCCCUACCAAACAAGAAUGUUUACAUCUCAAACAAACCUCAUUAUUAUUUCAACUCCAGCCCGAAGUUCGGAAAAAGAGAAUACCUAAAUUGGAUGGACACUUUCCUGAAGAUUAAUGGUUGGAAUCUUAUACAUUUGUAA